CGCUCAGGUGAAGAGGUAAGCCCACCCUUCAGGAAAGGUAGUAUUGAAGGGGCAUUACCCUACCUAUGUACCCUACCUAUUAUAUUAACAUAACCUUGCAGGAAGUUAUAUUAAUCGGGUGCCUAUCCGCGAAUAAAUUCCCCCGCCCCUCAACAUCCCCGCGCCAAUCCUUCCGUCUCCGGGAUACUACCGCAUAUGCUCGCAGAAUCUUGGAUACUACGGUAUAUUAGGAAUGCCAUAUUGCGUGGGUAGCUUUGUGCGGCGUAGAUACCUAACUGAAACACCAAUGGGGCUGAGAGUCCGGUGAACGUCGUUUUGGAUGCGGUUGAAGGCGUUUUCGAGGGGUUGGAGAUGGUGCAUGAUUGCGGCUGGAUAUAUAUUGGAGUAAGUAGAUGUUUCUAUCUGCGCGUUUACGCUCCCCGAAGCAAUUCUAUAGCUUCUAGGUGUAGCUAAUAGGGCUAAGAUUCGUUCGAAAAACAAUCUUAACUUGAAGCCUUGAAAGAACUCCAUUGCAUGAAAAUUCUGUAUGAAAAUUCUGUAUUGAACUAAGCUUGCAGCGCGAAUAUAUCGGCUAUGGACUUCGAAGAAGCUAUUCAGCUUGGCAGGCCCUCCGUGGGAGUGCCAACAAUGUACCUCGUCUCGAGUCUCCUCAUCAUCGGCCUUUACGGCCUCUACCGCCAGCUCCUCCCCAAGCCCCUCCCUGGCAUCCCCUACAACCCCCUGUCCGCGUCCUCGCUUCUAGGCGACGGCCCUGAUAUGGCGCGCACCGUCGGCGCAACUGGUGAGUUCGGCCCCUGGUGCGCGGCACAGAUCGCCAAGACCGGCGCGCCGCUCUGCCAAGUAUUCGUGCGCCCGUUCUCCCGGCCCUGGGUCUUACUAGCCGAUUUCCGCGAGGCACACGAUAUCCUCGCUCGUCGUACAGCGCCAGCCCGCGACGUUGACUUUGAUAAGUCUAGUUUUAUUACUGAUAGCAUGAGCUGCCUGGGCGAAUUUCAUGCCGCCAUGCGCGCGUCUACGCGUGAGGAUGGCUUUAGGAGUAAUAGAGCGCUUAUGCAGGAUCUCAUGGCCCCGAAGUUCUUGCACGGCGUUAUUGGGCCGAUAGUGCAUGGUAAGGGUUUGGAACUGGUGAGGCUGCUUGAGGCGAAGAUGUUUCUGGCGGGCGAGAGGCCAUUUAGUAUUAAGGCGAACUUCGACUGCCUCUCGUUGGAUGUUAUGUUGUAUUUCGCGUUUAUGGCGAAUUUCGAGCAGACAAACCUAGGUCCACAGAUGGAAUUGGUGUCGCGCAUGACUGCUGCAGACAUACCAAAAGGACAUGUUGACGAACCGGUAACGUUUCCGGAGACGCCAGCCGGGCCGCUCAUCGCCGCGGUGCGUUCGGCGCCGAAAGUAGUCGAAGACUGUAUCGCCUCUUUAGUGCCGUGGCUUAAUCUCUGGUGGUGGAAGAAGCAAUCAUGGUACAAGAAGAUGUUUUUAUACAAGUAUCAAGUUCUUCGUGAGCAGUUUUUAAAGGCACUUGAGGACUAUCGUAAUGGCGAGGUGCGGUCAGCCGCUGCGUACAUGGUGAUGCGGGAGGAGCGGGAGGCAAAGAAGCAUGGUCGUGCCCCGGAGUUUGAUAUUGACGUUCUUUCUGAUGAGCUUUUUGGUGAACUCAUCGCCGGCAAUCACACUACAGGCGGUGCCCUUGGUUGGCUUGUUAAGUGCCUCACCAGCUACCCGCACAUGCAAGCCAAUCUUAGAGAGUCCCUGUACGCCGCUCUACCGCAGGCUAUCACAGAGGGCCGGCCCCCAACCUUCGAGGAGCUGCGACGGACACGGCUGCCUUACCUCGACGCAUUUAUCGAGGAAACGCUACGCCUCAAUCCGGUCCCAGUAACGCGUGAGACAAUCCGCGACACCACGAUCCUCGGCCACCCCGUUCCUAAAGGCUGCCAGAUCUUUCUGAUAUCUAAUGGCCCGGGUUUCCUCGCGCCGUCCCUUGCCGUCUCCGCAUCGGAGCGUAGCCCAGCAGCGCGAGAGACCAAAUGAAACGACCACUGGGACGAGACGCAGGACCUACGAGUAUUUAAUCCAGAGCGAUGGCUCAUUCACAGCGGCGACGGAAAUGCGAAUGUGGAAUUUAAUGCUACCGCCGGGCCACAACUGGUGUUUGGGCACGGGGUGCGAAGCUGUUUUGGGAAGAAGUUAGCGCAGAUGGAGUUGCGGAUAGUAUUGGCGCUGCUUGUGUGGCAUUUUGUAAUGUUAGAGAUUCCCGAGGCACUUUCUGGAAACGAGGCGACGGAGGGGAUUGCGCGAAGGCCGCAAAAGGUAUUUGUCAGGUUGAGUAAAGUGGUUAACGUGUAAGAGGUGUGAAGUGAAAUAGAUGGACAAUAAUAAUGAUGGUGGAUUUACUCUAAAUCCCUAGGUUAGCGCCGUAUUAUAAUGAUACUGUAUCAGCUA